GUCGGGGCGGAACUAAAAUAAGAGAACUUGAGGAUUCGUCGGGUUCCAGGAUAAAGGUUAUAAGGGGAACGUAUGAAGCUGAAGUAAAGAUUUUUGGCAGUGUUGCUGUACAAAACAAAGCCAAGAUGUUGAUUGACAGUGCUGUUGCAAGAUCUGGACAAAGCUACAUUAGAGGAAAAACCUGGGACAUUAUCAAGCCUGAAAAUAACCCAAAGAAAUCAGUGAUUAACUGGGCCUCUCUUCGAGAAAACAGAGCUAAAUAUGAAGCUAUGAAGUGGGCAGACUUGCCUCCAAUUGAGAAAAACUUCUAUAAAGAAUUGUCAAGGACUGCAUCUAUGUCACAAGAAGAAGUGGAACUGUGGCGGAAAGAAAAUAAUAAUAUAAUUUGUGAUGACUUAAAAGAAGGUGAAAAGCGCUGCAUUCCCAAUCCUGUCUGUAAAUUUGAAGAUGUAUUUGAGCAUUAUCCUGAUCUUAUGGCCAAUAUAAGAAAAGUUGGUUUUCAAAAGCCUACACCAAUUCAGUCUCAGGCAUGGCCAAUCAUACUCCAAGGAAUUGAUCUUAUUGGGAUAGCACAGACUGGUACUGGGAAGACAUUAGCAUACUUAAUGCCUGGAUUCAUUCACUUGACUUCACAACCAAUAUCUAAAGAUCAGCGUGGGGGGCCAGGAAUGUUAGUCCUUGCUCCCACUCGAGAACUGGCACUUCAAGUAGAGGCAGAGUGUUCGAAGUACACAUACAAAGGAAUUAAAAGUAUUUGCAUAUAUGGUGGUGGGGACCGAAAAGGACAGAUAGACGUGGUUACCAAAGGUGUGGAUAUUGUUAUUGCUACUCCUGGCAGACUGAAUGAUCUUCAAAUGAACAACUUCAUAAAUUUGAAGAGCAUAACAUACUUGGUUUUAGAUGAGGCUGACAGAAUGUUGGAUAUGGGAUUUGAACCUCAGAUAAUGAAGAUCCUAAUUGAUGUGCGGCCUGACAGACAAACUGUUAUGACAAGUGCUACUUGGCCUGAUGGUGUUCGGCGCCUUGCGAAAUCCUAUUUGAAAAAUCCUAUGAUUGUAUAUGUUGGAACUCUUGACUUAGCAGCAGUAAAUACAGUAGAACAGAGAGUUACUGUUAUCGCUGAGGAGGAAAAGAGAGCUUUCAUGCAAUGCUUCAUUGACUCUAUGAAGCCAAAAGAUAAGGUCAUCAUUUUUGUGGGAAAAAAGCUUACAGCUGAUGAUUUAGCAAGCGACUUUGGUCUCCAAGGAAUUCCUGUACAGUCACUUCAUGGUAACAGGGAACAGUGUGAUCGAGAACAGGCUUUAGAUGAUUUCAAGAAAGGCAAAGUCAGAAUACUGGUAGCUACUGACUUAGCAUCCCGUGGUCUUGAUGUGCAUGAUAUUACUCAUGUUUUUAACUUUGACUUUCCUCGCAACAUAGAAGAAUAUGUUCAUAGAGUAGGUCGUACUGGAAGAGCAGGACGCACUGGGGAGGCAGUAACACUUGUCACUAGGAAAGACUGGAGGUUUGCAUCUGAGCUGAUUGAAAUUCUGCAAAGAGCAAACCAAGUAGUUCCUAAUGAGCUUAUUGCAAUGGCAGAAAGAUACGAACAAUUUCAAAUGAGAAGAGAAACUGAAAAGGGUAUACGAAGACCUCCGAGAAAGCCCUCAAAAUAA